AUGGCAGCGACCGACGUUCUUCAGGUCAACGGCUCAUCCAAUGGCACCUCCACGUCGCCAGCGCCCAAGCGGCUUCUGCUCGUCAGUGUACCCCGCACUGCAUCCAAUCUGCUCUUGAAGAUCUUGAAUAUCUCCAAGCAGCCACAGCUGCUCACAAGCCCCCGAAACGGCUAUUUCUUCUACCCAGCCUUCUCCGCUGUCGCCCAGGAUGGCACUAUGGCCAAGGUGCCAGGCAAUUGGUCCACCGAGGAGAAACAGAAAUACAAGGCUAAUCUCCAGCGAUGUCUGAACGAACUGGAAGGUUAUUCCAGACGGGCGGAGAAUGAGAAUAAAGUCAUGUUCGCCAAGGAACAUGCAUUCUGGAUCUUCAACCCAGCUGCACAACACAAGGUGACAACUGGCGAAGAAUAUCCCGAAUUCUCCGAAGAAAUUCUAGUCGACAUCGCAGAUUCAUAUGGCCCAACACGGACCUACUCCAAGCUCAACGAGACUCUCCUGUCGGACGAGUACCUGCGCAGUUGGCAGAUGGCUUUCAUCAUCCGCCACCCAGCACUGGCCUGGCCUUCUAUGUACCGCUCUAUGAAGAAGAUCGCAGCAGAGGGAUUCAUGGAUGAAGACGGCGUGAAGGGCUCCUCGUUGACCAACAUGAGCUUCCGCUGGACGCGUCUUCUGUAUGACUGGUGCUUGGAGCAGCCCGAUGUGCCGACUCCGCCACCAGUCGUGGAUGCGCACGAUCUCAUUCACAGCCCUGAGGUCGUCCUUAAGCUCUGUGAUCAGACCGGGCUCGACAAGGAGUGCUUGCAAUUCGAGUGGAAAGGCAAUGAUCAUAAAAAGUCUCAGAACUGGGCUUCGGCUGAUGAAGUUCCUAAUGCCGCGGAGCUGGACAUGCAUCGACGAGCUGCAACUAUUAUGUUGUCCACCCUGGAAGCUUCCAAUGGCAUUGUCAAGGAGAAGGCACCGGAAAAUGUUGAUAUCGCUGCGGAAGCUGCGAAGUGGAAGGUCGAGUUUGGCGAGGAAAUGGCCGGACUUAUCGAGAAGGCUGUGUGGGACUCGAUGCCGGACUACGAGUACCUAAAGGCCCGACGUCUUACGGUCUGA